UUCUCUUCUCUCCUCUCUCUUUCAUUUGAUAUAUAUAUAUAUAUAUAUAAUUUUUAUUUUUUUAUUUUUUCCGUAUUACCAUCUCGCUUGUGAACGUCGGCACGUACUCCAAUCAGAGUAGAAGACAAGCAACCAGCUGGCUAUUGGUGUCAUUAGUAGUGAACGAUGACAGAGAAGACAGUUCUAAGCAUUUAUUAUUCUUCUAAUUCUUUUUUUUCUUUUCUUAUUUUACAACACGUUGAUUCAUUUUUAUUAACGAUGAUGAUUAUUAUUAUUAUUAUUAUAUUUAACGUGAAUUGGGAGAAAAAUUCGUCAGUGGAAAAGUUUAUUCUCGUUUAUCGUUGUCCCCAGUAUGGAACGAUGUUACGUGACGGAAAGUUGGUUAUUUUUUUGGAAAAUAUUUUUUUUGUCGAGGGGGUGGAGAGAGGAAGAAAAAUGGAGGAUAACGAGGAAAGAGUGAUGCGGGGAAAAUCGACUGACCGAUGGAAAAAUUUCGACGGGGUGGAAAAAAAGUGACGCGAUUACAUUGCGAGUCGGAAUCAUUCAAGAUGGACCUGAUUUUGGACAUCAACAGCUGGCUCUACCCUAUGGAUUUAGGUGACAAAUUCCGAUUAGUGUUAGCAACGACACUUAGGGAGGAUGGUUAUCCCGAUGGCGGAGAAUGGAAUGCUACGGAUCAAGAAGGUGGUUCUAGAGCGGACAGUUUUGAAUACGUGAUGUCGGGAAAGGUUUAUCGGAUCGAAGGUGACGAGGCGAGCAACGAACCUAGCAGUAGAUUAUCCGCCUACGUAUCUUUCGGUGGAUUAUUAAUGAGACUGCAGGGUGACGCAAAUAACUUACAUGGUUUCGAAAUCGAUCAACAUAUGUACCUGCUCAUGAAGAAGCUUGCAUUUUAGGCUAAUUUAUCGACUAAG